GUGUUGGUCUUGCGACUUGAUAAAAAAACUCGGACAAUACAAAAAGCACAUUUUUCUCAAACAUACUUACAAAUGUAUUGAAAAUAAGAGAUUAUAUAUAAUCAGUAAUCGUUUGAAACAAAAAUUAUUAUCUUAUUCACAUACUCUUAGUCUUUCAAUAUAAGACUUGAAAUAAUAUGAUAAGACUUCAGUCAUCGUCUUCCAGUGGUCCCAAAAAGAUUGCGCUUUGAAUUUGUCUGCUCUCUAAACUUUUAAUUUAACGAAUAUGUCGAACGUUUUUGACAUCGAUACAAGCCCAGAAACUCCUGAACUUUUAGAACUGGCAAGAGUUCAAUUGAGGGAAACACCAGAAAUUAAAGAAAAGGCAUUCAAGGAACUGAGAGAAUUGUUGAAGAAAAACUCUGAUCUCAAUUACCGUGACGACGAUGCUUUCCUUCAAAUGAUUCUCAGACCAUGUCAUUGGUAUCCAGAAGGUGCAAUCAAAUUGCUACGUCAAAUUGCUGAGUUUAGAAAGGAGAAUGCGAAGUUUGUGAAAGGUUUGCUUCCUGAACAAGAAAAGAAAGCGUUUUGUGAAGGAAAUGUCAUCAACAUUUUAACUGGAAAAGAUCAAUUAGGACGUCGCGUGUUGAUUGUCAACCAAGGAAAACUUUGGAAUCCCGAUGAAGUCACAGCUGAUCAACUUUUCAAACUUUUUUAUAUGAUUCACAUUGUUGCAAUGCAAGAGUUUGCUACCCAAAUCAAUGGUGUGGUCGUUAUAAUGGAUUUUGAGGGAUUAUCAUUAAAGCAGGUGAAGGCUUUAAGUCCCGGAAGUACAAAACGUUUGUUAACAUUCAUCCAAGACGCGAUGCCUUUGCGUUUGAAGGAAGUUCAUUUUGUAAAGCAACCUUUUAUCUUCAACAUGGUUUGGACUUUAAUCAAGCCAUUUGUUAAGGAGAAGCUUAAGCAAAGGAUGUUCUUCCAUGGAGACGACAUGAAAAAGUUACACAAACAUAUUCCAGCUGAUUAUUUGCCGACAAACUACGGGGGAACUCUUCCCGCAAUUGACUAUUCUGGAAAGGAUUGGUACGGAGUCACAGAGCGAUACGUUCAAGAGUUUGAACAAUGGAACACGUACGGCUUCAAAUAAGUCAAAUUUCCUCAGCUUUUUGUUAAUGUUAAAUGAAAAUAAUUUUUUAAAAUAAAGAAUAUAUUUCAAUUUCCACCAUUA